AUGACCAGAAGGAGUAAGGAAGCGCGGCGACGGGGCAAACGCUGGCAGCGCGGAGUCCUGCACGUCAAGGAGAACUGGACAAGCUCGCCCAUGGCAUGCAGAAUCAUCGAAAAGUUGCGCAGCCACAACAGCGCCGACUUCGCGCCGACCAGACUGGUAAACGUUUCGUCGUGGGACGUGAUCGAGCCGGCCGGGGCCCCGACCGAAUACAUGGCUUUGUCAUACGCUAUGCGGCACACAGGUAUCGGCCAUGUUUGGAUCGACGCCUUGUGCGUGAAGCAGGACGACCCCGGCGACUUGGCCCGCGAAAUACCGAAGAUGGGCCUUUACUACGAGAGGGCGGCCGGUGUGCUGGCCGUCGUGCCGGAGCUGCAGACUGCCAUGAUGCAACUGGCGGACCCGCUCGGAGGCAGACGAGAAGGAUGGAUAGAGGGGCCCGAAGGCGACGAAUACAAACUGACGUCCUGGCUGGAAGUCCGCUACAGGCAGCUGGGCAAGCAGUUGAAGAUCAGUAAAUGA